ACCCCAGACACAAAAACACAAAAGAAACUAUUUCAUUCUUCUCUCCCUUCUCUGCAAAUUCUUUCCAAAUUCUUAACAUCGCGCAUCAAUCAACAUCACCACGCAAAAAUCAUGUGUUACGGUCAGCAACGACCCUUCUCCAGAGACAACCUGACCCCUACGCGCGUCGUCCGAUUGCCGAACGACAACGCGGUUGUGGUCGCAGAUCUGCGCGGCCGCCUGGCUGAGACGGAAGCACGGCUGGCGAGAGCAAGGGCUCGGGAAGCAGAGCUCAGCCGCCGCCUCAAUGAAAUGAAACGAUUCGUUUCGGUCAUGGAGAUCCUCGAAACCUAUCUCAAACGUCGCUUCCGCGAGCAGCAAGAAUAUGUAUCUGGCCUCUUCUCUCCCUCUCCCCUGUCAAGUAAAUAAAAAGCCCCAAACCGUCACUAAUUGCCUCCUUUUCUUUUGCGCAUUUUAUCAAACACCUCUUGUUCAUAGUUUUCCCUUUUUACUUUUUUCGUUUUUUGUUUUGUUUUUUAGGUUGGUUUUAAUGGUUCUGGGUUUAUCAUCAGGUCCUGUUUGUGUUUGUAUUAUUACAUGACAUUAUUAUCAAUGUGAUGCAGAUUAUUGAUGAACAAGAUUUAUACUUGGAUA